AUGGCGAAAGCUCCUCAUCCGGCUUCUUUCUUUCUCCGCCAAUGUCCUGUUAUUGGAAAGAAAAACGAUACAAGAUCAACGCCUUCUUUAAGUGAGUCACCUCACCAGCCUACUGCCAUUCAGUUUCACCUUCGAAGCACAAUGAGCCAAAUCAGGCUUAAUAAUUGUAUGGUACUGCACGUUCACAAGGACCUUACUGAUGAUUUAGAUUUAGCAGAGAUUGGGAAUAGGAAGCAGCUGGAAUGUCAGUUUGGUCCCUCUCGCCUAAAGUCUGGAGAGACGUAUUCAGCAAGGAACAGAGACAGCAGUGGCAGUGGAAAGAAACGUCUCCUACUCCAGACAACUAAAAAAAGAUGCACAGCCCAUAUUAGCAUUCGACAAGUCAUUAGAUUUCCUAAUUUCAAGUUACCGUAUGAUACCCCAUCUACAACGUCCGACUUCAAGAAGGCAAGAGCAGCCAUAGCGAGGGAAGUGCAGAAUGCAAUGAAGAGUUGUACAGCCAGCUACACCAAACGAUAUUUUGCUUCACUUCCUGACGUUGAUGCUCAUUCCAAUCAUUGUUGUGGAGGAUCUGUAGGAUUUGCACAAACAGUUCACCCUGCAAUCAUACAUGAAAUCAGUAACAUUGUUCGUGAUGGAAUAACCAAAGUGACUGAGGUGAAAGCAGCCUUACGAAGAUUCGUAAAAACCAGACUAAAUGUUGAUCAAGGUAUAAAACCUGAGGAGACAAACAGAGCCUACUAUCCCUCUAGUGUUGACAUAAAGAACCACAUCUAUUUAGCAAAACAGAAACUCAAGCUAUCAAAACUAGACCAAGAAAAUUACUCAACAGCUUCCCAAUCUCAGCAACACAUGCUGUAUGUCCAUCAAGAAAAGUGGCAACAAGAUCUAUUGGUACGCUAUGGCAAUACCAUCAGUCUUAUUGAUGCAACAUACAAAACAACCAAGUAUGAUCUUGCGCUCUUCUUUAUCUGUGUAAAAACUAACGUUAACUACACAGUAGUUGCUGAUUUUAUAAUACAGCAUGAAACAGCUGAACAAAUUGCCGAAGCACUACAAAUCCUCAAAGAUUUUUGGAACCCAGCCUGGAAACCACAAUUUUGGAUGACUGAUUACUCAGAAGCUCAAAUGACAGCCCUCACUACAUCCUUUCCAGAAUCAACCCUGUAUCUGUGUGACUUUCAUAGGGAACAAGCGUGGACACGAUGGCAUGGAUUAAACACCACAGAGAGUGAAUCACUGCUAGAAAUACUGACAAAGAUGGCGUAUGCCCCUCCAUGCCAAGAGCCUGAUAAAGCCAUUGAUUACUUUUACAGAAAAGAAGAAGAGAACUUAAAGCAGAGUGGUGUGUGGCGUUGUCAUGACCAAGUCAACCAGUGGCUGUCACAAAAGUGGCUGUGUAUUCCUGAGAAAUGGGCUCGAUGUUUUCGUGACAACUCCUAUCAUGCUGCAGUUGAAACAGACAAUGGGACUGAGGCUCAAAACAAGCUAUUGAAAUAUUCGUAUCUGCCAAGGAAGAGAGACCUGACACUAUCAAGCAUUAUCGAGAUUCUCAUUCACCAUUUCCUACCAGAUCAAAGAGAAAGAUAUCUUUUCCUAAACUAUAAAGCAAGCACAGACUAUCGUUCCUAUGACAAAUCCAUACCAUCAUAUGUACAUAAUAGACCAUCUAGUAUUGUGGCUCAUUGUCUUGAAAGGAAGUCAUCUGCUCUCAAGUUUUGUGCUGAAGAUGUUUACUGCAAUCCUAUUAGAUCUGGUGUCUUUCAUGUGAAGUCACAGUCCAAAAAAAGAUGUUUAGCAUACCGUUGA